UCGUGGUUGUCCUCGAUGGCUCUGUUGUUUUUUAUAUUCGCCCUUGUGUUCUUAACAGAGCUAAUUGCAUGGAUCGGCCAGUCCGUUCUCCUUGAGUUGGUGUACGGGCUGCACUUGCAACUGUUCCACGCGGCAACCGCGCAACGACAAAAGGCCUUGAAGAGCGAGCUACUCACGCUUAAGGCUGAGCUGCUACGAACGAGCGCGCAGGACCAGUUUGCAAAGUGGGCGAAGCUCAGACGGUCGGUGGACAAAGGUAUAGCUGAAUUGGAGAAAUUGAACGGGGAGAUUGCAACGCGACGAACGACGUUCUCUCUCAAGUUUAACACAGCCAUCUGGGUGUUCACGACUGGGCUACAAUUCACGGUUGGGUGGUGGUAUCGUAAGUCGGCAGUGUUCUACCUGCCGCCAGGCUGGCUGGGACCAUUGGGGUGGUGGCUGGCGCUUCCCUUUGCGCCUAAGGGUUCUGUGAGUGUUGGAGUUUGGCAGAUGGCAUGCCGUCGGGUGCUUAAAGUUGGAGAGCGGGUCGUAAAGGAACUCCUUGCCGCCGAGACGGAGACGGAAAAGGAAAAGGAGGAGCCGAUAGCCAACACCGCAAACUCGACUUGA